CACACUGACUACUCAUUAUUCACUUUCUUACAUUUGUGAUUGAUGAGUUCACGAUUCAAUUGGUCUUCAUCGUGACUCGGAUGGCUGUGCGAACUUUGCUGAUGCGGUGAGGCUUGACGAUCAUAUUUUCCACUCUUGACUCCUUCAAACAGCACUCGCCAUCCGUCUUCUCUCUCUCGAUUUGGGCGCACCUAUAUUCGAAGCCGGGCUAUUCGCACACUUCUUUCGAGGCAGCCGGAAUCGCCUGUAAGGAGAUGAAGAAGAGGAUGUCGGGUCAAAGUACAGAUGUUCGCUCGAGACCUUACAUGGUCGUCGACGUCUUCACUGCACGUGCCACUCUCGGCAAUCCGGUAGCAGUGGUGCUGGAUGGAUCAGGGCUGGAUGUGGAAACGAUGCAACAGUAUGCUCGCUGGACCAACUUGAGCGAGACCACUUUCAUCUUGCCGCCUACUGACCCAGCGAGUGCGGACUACAAGCUCAAGAUAUUCACUCCUCAACGCCAGCUUCCUUUCGCCGGGCAUCCCACCCUGGGUUCAUGCCGCGCAUGGUUAGCCAGCGGAGGUGUGCCUCGCGCUGGAAGCGCGCCAGACGAAGUCAUUCAAGAGUGCGAUGUCGGGCUCGUCAAGAUCAAGCGAUCCCCGGUCAAGUCCUCGUCCGGCACUGAUGAUUACAGUGCCGAGAGCGGUAGACUGAGCUUCCUCGCUCCGCCUUUCAUCAGAGAAGGACCAAUGAGUAGUGAAGAGCUUGCGUUCAAGUGUUCAGGUCUUGAUAUCAAUCCUUCGGACGUGUUGCUUGCACGAUGGAUAGACAACGGACCAGGAUGGUGCGGUUUGAUACUCAAAGAUGCGAAGGCGGUGCUAAACAUCAACUUCAACGGCAAGCCCAUUGCAAAUGUCGGCGUGAUCGGUCCUUACAAAGAAGCGGCUGACACGGUGUAUGCGAAAGCUGGCAAGGCUGGAAAGGUGGUGUACGAAGAGGCACCCCACGAAGCCGCUAUGUCUUCUGAAGUCGGCACCAAACCGAGCUUUGAGAUGCGCGUCUGGGCAUCGCACCCUGGCGAACAGUGGUUUGAAGACCCAACAACUGGCAGCUUCAAUGCGGGCGCGGCGCAAUGGCUCAUCAGCGAAGGGCUGGCCGAAUCGAGCUACGUUGCUGCUCAAGGUCGCAAAAGGCGCCGUGAUGGGCGCGUGUACAUUUCGAGCAACGCGAGCAGCAGCAGGCUGGGUGGGUCUGCUGGAAUAGACGUCUGGGUAGGUGGGGAUCAAGCGAUCCCUGUCAAAGGUACCGUUCUCCUUUAAGCACACGUCUUGCUUGCCGUCUCCCCAAAAGUGGUGUGGAGUGAUGCAGGCUGCACGUCUGGCCACGUUCAUCAUUCUUGACUUGGGAACGUCAGAUCGUACAAAUCUCGCCUUUGCAGGCAAAAAGUUCAUCCAACCAGGAUUGUUGUGAUCCGCUUUGAAGUUUGAACAUGGUGAACCUUUAAACAGAAACCAAAAUGAAUCCAUUCAAAAUU